AUGAGGCUGGGAUUCAUCUGUGCUCUGCUUUCUCUCCUGGAAGGGCAAAGCUGGGCAGACAACCGAGCCAUCGGGGCCAAGGAAUGCCGCCCCAACUCGCAGCCCUGGCAGGUUGGGCUCUUCUUUCUCACCCAUCUCUUCUGCGGGGCGACCCUCAUCAGUGACCGUUGGCUGCUGACAGCUGCCCACUGUCGCAAGCCGUUUCUGGGGGUCCGACUCGGGGAGCACCACCUCUGGAAAUGGGAGGGUCCAGAGCAGCUGUUCUGGGCCAAAGACUUCUUCCCUCAUCCUGGGUUCAACAAGGACCUCAGUGCCCAAGACCACAAUGAUGACAUCAUGCUGAUUCGUCUGCCCAGGAAGGCUUUUCUGGGACCUGCCGUGCAGCCCCUCAAACUCAGCCAGACCUGCGUCUCCCCAGGCACCGACUGCUUAAUCUCAGGCUGGGGGGCCACAUCCAGUCCUAACGUGCAGUACCCACUCACGCUGCAGUGUGCCAACAUCAGCAUCCUGGAGCCAAAACUCUGCCAUCGGGCAUAUCCAGACCACAUCUUCCACCACAUGCUCUGUGCUGGCCUUUGGGAGGGUGGCCGGGGCUCCUGCCAGGGUGACUCUGGGGGCCCCCUGGUUUGCAAUGGGGCCCUGGCGGGUGUGGUGUCUGGGGGCUCGGAGCCCUGCUCCAGCCCCCGGCGCCCUGGUGUCUAUACUAGUGUGUGCCACUACCUGGACUGGAUUCGAAAAACCAUGGAGGACAACUGA